AUGGCGGCUGCAGACCACGAGGUUGAGGUUGCACAACUGCACCACACCUUUGACGAUGUCGAGGGCGUAUCUCACCCCACCAAGGACAUUACAGGAGGAAGCCUUCCCGAGGUGGACGAAAAGCUCCCUUACGUUACCCCCGAUGGAGAGGUUCCUACGGAGGAAGAGAAGCACCGCUUGAAGCACGUUGCGGAGAACCUGCCGCUCUCCGCCUGGCUGGUUGCUAUGGUCGAGUUGUGUGAACGAUUCACUUACUACGGUGUCUCUGGUAUCUUCCAAAACUACAUUCAGCGACCUCUCGACGGUAGCGAGGGUCGUGGUGCUCUUGGUAUGGGUCACCAGGGUGCUACUGGUCUUUCCACCUUUUUCCAGUUCUGGUGCUAUGUCACCCCUAUCCUCGGUGCCAUCAUUGCCGAUCAAUACUUGGGCAAGUACAAGACUAUCGCCAUGUUCUGCGGUGUCUAUCUCGCUGGUCUCUUCAUCCUGCUCUUCACUUCGCUCCCCACCUCUCUUGAGCAUGGCGCUGGUCUCGGUGGCUUCGUCGCCUCGGUUAUCGUGAUUGGUCUCGGUACUGGUGGUAUCAAGAGUAACGUUGCUCCUUUGAUUGCCGACCAGUACACUCGCAAGAGGAUGGCCAUCAAGACCAACAAGAACGGUGAGCGAGUGAUCGUCGACCCUGCUGUCACCGUCCAGCGUAUCUACAUGAUCUUCUACGGUUGUAUCAACCUCGGUUCUUUGUCGGGCUUGGCCACUCCUUACAUGGAGCGGGACGUUGGUUUCUGGUCGGCCUACCUUCUCUGCACAUGCAUGUUCGCUGUCGGUACUGCCGUCUUGGUCAUUGGUCGCAAGUACUACAUUGUUCGCGCACCACAAGGUUCCGUUAUCACCGAUGCUUUCAGGGCCAUGGGUAUGAUGAUCAAGCACUUCAACAUGGAUGCUGCCAAGCCAAGCUGGCAGGCCGAGCACGGUGGCAACAGCAACUUGCGCUGGGACGACCACUUUGUCGACGAAGUCAAGCGUGCUUUGGUUGCUUGCCAGGUCUUCUGCUUCUACCCCAUCUACUGGGUUGUCUACGGUCAAUUCUCCAACAACUUCGUUACCCAGGCUGGUCAGAUGGAGGGUCACGGUAUUCCCAACGAUUUGAUGCAGAACUUCGACCCGAUCUCCAUCAUUGUGUUCAUUCCUCUCCUCGAAUCCUUGGUCUACCCUCUUCUCCGCAAGCUGCACAUCGACUUCAAGCCCAUCAGCCGUAUUUCUCUCGGUUUCGUCGUCGCCUCCUUGGCCAUGGUCUACGCUGCCAUUGUCCAGCACUACAUCUACAAAGCUGGUCCUUGUUACGAAUCCCCUCUCUGCGCUGCUUCUGAAAUCGACGGAGUUGCUCAGGGAAACCACAUCCACAUUGCCAUCCAAACUCCUGCCUACAUGCUUAUCGGUAUCUCCGAGAUUUUCGCUUCUGUCUCUGGUCUCGAGUAUGCUUACACCAAGGCUCCUCCCAACAUGAAGUCCUUCGUCCAGUCUAUGUACCUGUUGACCAACGCGUUCGGAUCUGCUAUUGGCGAGGCCCUGACUCCCGUUGCCUACGACCCUGCCAUCAUGUGGAUGUUUACUGGUUUGGCCUGUGCUUCAUUUGCCGCUGGUAUCAUCUUCUUCUUCACCUUCCGUCACUUGAACGCCAAGGAGGAGGAGAUGAACGCUUUGGAUGUAGACGAGUAUCCUCCUGUGGAGGAGACUGACAGGAAGUAA